CACAACAACAUCAGAUUUGGAAAUGGAGGAGUUAGGAACAAUCAAAGGGUACAUGACUGCUUUACUCAAUGCAUAUGAACAGUUGAGAGGAAAAAAGGCAUAUAAUUGUUGCAGACCAUUCUGGGACCUGGUAAUUAUAACCACAAUUGAUGAGGAUCAGAAAUCUGCUUUCGAGCUGCAGAUAGUUGAGAAAAGAUCGCGGCAGGAGCUGCCUCUAGACCUGGUCAUCCAUGUGGUGUCUGACCCACCAGGCAUCAGAAUAGGCAAUGGUGGCUCAACUCUGACAGCCCUGGAGUUCCUGGACGCCACCUAUGGGGCGGCCAUGUUUGAGAAGAAGAUCCUGCUGAUCCAUGCAGGGGGGUGGAGCCAGCGGAUGCCCAGCUCAACCAUUCUUGGCAAAGCUUUCUCCCUGCUCCCCCACGGGUCCCCACCCUAUCAGAUGCUGGACUUCAAGCUGGCGCUGUACUGGCCCCUAGUGGAGAGAAUCGACCCUGGCGUGUUUCUUGUCUGCGCUGAUGAUUUCAUGGUCUACACUAUGGAGUCAGACAAGACUUGGAGGGUCCCAGCUCAAGGUUUCACAGCGCUGGCCCACCCAUCCCCUAUUUCAGUGGGGAGGACUCAUGGUGUCUUUGUGAUAAAAAAUGUGGAUGAGUUUGAUAAAGAAGUACCUGUUCAUGUGGGUGAGUGCCUGCAAGCGCUGCAGAAGUUCUCUGAUGAGGGCAUGAAAUCUCAUGGUGCCCUGUUGAAAGGCAGCGACCAUCAGUUUGCUGGUGGGGUCCACGUCCAGGGGGAAGCUGUCUACACAGACAGCUCCUUCUACUUCGGCACAGAUGUUAUGAAGAAACUUCUGGAUUUCAAGAAAUGUGUGGGGGGCCUGGGCUGUGAGAUAGAUGCUUACGGUGACUUCUUACAGUCUGUGGGGGUAAAGGCAAGUGAUGGCUACAUCAAGCUGAUAUCUAAUGUCAGCCAGGUGACCUCCAACCUCCAGGAGAUGCGCCAAAAAGUGUUUCACGCCCUGAAUGGGUCAGAGUUCCACGUCCUGAUCCUCAACGCCUCGGUGUUUGUCCACAUUGGCACGGCUAAAGAACUGUUGUAUCACUUCUGUCAUGACCAGACGUUUCAGGACCAGAUGGCCUUUCAGAAAGAUGUAUUCAAUGUAUGGGCUGGGACCAUACCUAGCACCACAGGCAUUGUAGCAGACUCUAAUGAAGAUAAAACCAACGUCUCUGAGACUGCAUGUGUUAUGCAUUCCAUAAUGCACACCCAGUCUGUGAUUGGAGACAACUGUGUCAUAGAUUACUGUGAUUUUCCUUUACCACUAGAAAUUUCUUCCAACUGUAUCCUUAGCAACUGCCAGCUCUCUAACGCUGAUAGUGCUGGUGGUGUGAACAUCCCAACAGAAUCUUUCCUGCACACAGUUCCCAUCAGCCUGCAAGGCACUGUCAGGUUUGUCACUGUCUACUUCAAUAUCAAUGACGACUUGAAGAAAUCUGUCGCAUCUUGCGACGUCGAGUCCCUACCUUUUAGUGGCGGCAGUAUCAAGGAGUUCCUGAGUGCCAACAGUCUAAGUGUAGAGGAUGUUGUGCCAGGCUGCUACAAGGACAGGAAGAUCAGUCUCUGGAGCUUAAAGCUGUACCCAGCUAAAGAUUCUAUGUCUGCUUCGUUCAGAGAUGCAGUUGUGGCCCUUAACUUGGAAACAAGGGAGGUAAAUCCAGUUGAUGAACCCCUGUUCUCAAUAGCUGAUUUGUUGAAGGUUAAAGAUGUCAAAGCAAUGCUGACCUUCAGAAAGAACUUGUAUGAGAAGAUUAACUCUCACUGAUAUCAGUAAACUGUAGCAUUAGAGUAAGCUCUGUAGAUGUAUGUGAUUUACAGGGUAGCUCUGUAGAUGUAUGUGAUUUACUGGGUAGCUCUGUAGAUGUAUGUGAUUUACAGGGUAGCUCUGUAGAUGUAUGUGAUUUACAGUUUAGCUCUGUAGAUGUAUGUGAUUUACAGGGUAGCUCUGUAGAUGUAUGUGAUUUACAGGGUAGCUCUGUAGAUG